AUGUCCAUAGAUUCUCAGCUAUCAAACAUCUCAAGACGACGUCGUUCUGUCCAGGACCAACUCCAGGAACUCGAAGAAUUAGAGGUUAGAACAUCACUUCCCGAAGGAGUCAGACCACCAGUUGAAGAACCAUUACAUUAUGGGAAACGAUAUAAAUUACGAGUGAUUCUAAAUAUACUUCAAGGAUCAUUAUGGGGUGUUUUAGCCCGUCGAGGUUUGGACCUAUUGACAACUUAUAAUCAUAACUACCUAGGAGGUGUAGUAUGGUCGAAUUUCACCGCUUGUUCUGUUAUGGGUGUCCUUGUGGGUACAGAACAGUUGUGGGAAGAUUUGAAUGACAUUAAAGCCCGUAUUCCACUUUAUAUUGGCUUAUCCACUGGUUUCUGUGGGACUUUUUCAUCCUUCUCUUCAGCAAUGCUAGAAGCUGUUGAAAGAGGUAUAAAUGCACCCUUGAGCGAAGUAGGUGGCUCUCUCCCUUCAGCUCCGUAUGGUAUAAUGGAAUCAUUAAGUGUAGUUAUUUGUCAAUUGGCUCUCUCUAUAAUGGGGUUUAGUAUGGGUAAACAUUUAGCGGAAGCACUUGAUAAUUUUGUGCCUCCAAUGACUCAAACCAUAACACAAAUUUUGGAAUAUGGCUUGAUAGUUAUAGGGGUUUGUUUAUACAUUGCUGCUGUGGUAUUAUGUGGAACAGAGUCAUCAGAAGUGACGCUUCGUCAAUGGACUUUUUCCAUUGUUUUUGCAUUUUUUGGAGCCUGGACCAGGUACCUUGUCUCUAAGUAUCUCAAUGGGAAGCUAAAAAAGUUCCCACUAGGGACGUUUACUGCCAAUAUUUUGGGGUGUAUUAUUAUUGCAUUGGUUGUUUCACUUUCGAAUGGUAAACGUCAUAAAAAUUGGUCAAUGGGAGUCGAUAACUUAAUAGUCAAUACAAGUAUUUCCUGUGAAGUACUUGCAGGGAUCAAAGAGGGGUUCUGUGGUGGUUUAACUACGGUUUCCACUUUUGUGGUAGAAUUGUUUGGUUUAGAGACAAUCUACGCCUAUCGCUAUGGAACGAUUUCUAUUGCCACGGGAUUCUCCGUAUGUAUAGUGAUUUUGGGUACCGUUAAUUGGACUGUUGGCUUAGGAGAUGCAAUAUGUUAG